AUGUCGGAGUUACUAAAAAGUAAUACUUUACCUGGUUUAAAAUUUCUUUCAGGUCAGGAAAUCCCUGAGGAGGGACGAGAAGUAGAGGAAUUUUCAGAGGACGAUGAUGAGGGUGAUUCUGAUGACUCUGAAGCAGAAAAGCAGUCACAAAAGCAGCAUAAAGAGGAAUCUCUUUCUGAUGGCACAUCUGCUUCUUCACAGCAGCAAGCUCCCCCACAGUCUGUUCCCCUGUCUCAGAUACAAGUACCUCCCAUGCCAGGACCACCUCCUCUUGGACCACCUCCUGCUCCACCUUUACGGCCACCUGGACCACCUACGGGCCUUCCUCCUGGACCACCUCCAGGAGCUCCUCCGUUCCUGAGACCACCUGGAAUGCCAGGACUCCGAGGGCCUUUACCCCGACUUUUACCUCCAGGACCACCAUCAGGCCGACCCCCUGGCCCUCCUCCAGGUCCGCCUCCAGGUCUGCCUCCUGGCCCUCCUCCUCAGGGACCCCCACCAAGGUUACCUCCCCCUGCACCUCCAGGUAUCCCUCCACCUCGUCCUGGCAUGAUGCACCCACCUUUGGUGCCUCCACUCGGACCUGCCCCACCUGGGCUUUUCCCACCAGCUCCCUUGCCAAACCCAGGAGUGUUAAGUGCUCCACCCAACUUGAUCCAGCGACCCAAGGCGGAUGACACCAGUGCAGCCACCAUUGAGAAGAAAGCCACAGCAACCAUCAGUGCCAAGCCACAAAUCACUAAUCCCAAGGCAGAGAUUACUCGAUUCGUGCCCACCGCACUGAGGGUCCGUCGGGAGAAUAAAGGGGCUACUGCUGCUCCCCAGAGAAAGUCAGAGGAUGAUUCUGCUGUGCCUCUUGCCAAAGCAGCCCCCAAAUCUGGUCCAACUGUUCCCGUCUCAGUACAAACUAAGGAUGAUGUAUAUGAAGCUUUUAUGAAAGAAAUGGAAGGGCUGCUGUGACAACUUUUGAUGCCCGAACACACUUCUGUCCAUAUCAC